CUUGCGGAUAUCCCAUGAUGCAAAGAUCCGGAAGAGAUUUGCACCUGAUUUUUUUGCGGAGCAGACGACACGAAAAGGGGCGUACACGUUGUCACUGUAACUAACGUGAGAUAAUUAUCAAUCAUGAAUGUUGAACAUGAAGUCAAGUUGCUGAUAGACGAAAUUAAACGGCUUGGAUCUCCAGGACCUGAUGGCAAAGUGGCCGUGACAUUUGGAGUGCUGUUCAACGACGACAAAUGUGCCAAUAUCUUUGAGGCUCUGGUCGGUACCCUGAGAGCAGCCAAACGUAAGAAGAUCAUCAGUUAUGAUGGGGAACUCUUACUACAAGGAGUCCACGAUAACGUGCCGAUCACACUACUCAAGGAGGAAUUUUGAGAUGCUGCUCCUUGGAAGACGAAGUUCACUUUGGGUACUAAUAAGAUUAUGUAGUUUCAAGUUCUUGGUAGAAUUGAGUUAACUAAAAAGUACAGUAACAUACUGAUACCACAAUUAUCAAAGUUAAAUGAACUUUGACAGUUCGUAUUUAUUUCUUUGUGCAAAAGAUUCUUUUAAUUAAGGGUCUAUAACAUCACAGGAGCAGUUAGCAACUAUUGCAAUAUUUGAUGGUUUGUCUCAUGGGGUUGGGUCACACAUCUAAUUUACAUCUCAUAUGUGUAUCUUAAGAUAGUUUCAAAUGAUCAUGUGGCGCAGUUUUACUGGGAUUAUCAACUUAUCAACUUAUUUUCCAACAUAUCAGUUAAUUGUCUUGUAUCAUUUUGU